AUACACUUUUUUUGUUUGGAUUGACACCACCACCAACCCAUUUCAAGACUCUCUGCUCAAUCACCAGUUUUUUCCUGCAAUACACCCACAAAGUAUUUUCUGUUUUAACUCCGUCUUCAGAACACAAAACUUGAGAGAGAUAGCAGGGCACCGAAAUCGGGCUAUGGAAAGAGAAAGAGAAAGAAAAAGAGAAAGAGAAAGAGAAAGAGAGAGAGAGAGAGAGAGAACAAAAGAAGGAUUGAGAGAUGGAAAGAGAUAGAGAAAAACAGAUUCGAGGGGGAGAUGGGUGAAAAAUAUUUCGCCUUGGAGAAAGAGGAAGAGAGAUUCUUGAUGGAGAUGGGUAAAAAUUAUUCUGUCUUGGAGAAACAGAGAGAGAGAUUCGCGAGGGAGAUGGGUGAAAAUUAUUCCGUCUUGGAGAAACAGAGAGAGAGAUUCAAGAGACAGAGAGAGAGAGAUUUGAAAGGGUGAUGCGUAGAAAAUAUUCUCUCUUGGACAAACAGAGAGAGAGAUCCAAGAGACAGAGAGAGAGAUUCGAGAGGGAGGUGGGUGAAAAUUAUUCUGUCUUGGAGAAACUGAAUCAUCUAAUGAUCAGUAAGGCGUGCAAUUUGACCGCAGAUCAGAUUGAUCAUAUCGACUUUUUUUACAAUCAACUAACAUUCUUAGCAACCAUUCUCAAGGAUUUGGAAGAGAAGCAGCAGCAGCUGAACCAUGAAGCUAAAAACCUAACGAUGCAAAUUUAUUCUGUGAUCUCCAAGACAAGACAACUCAUCCGUUUUUUUGAUGUUCAAGUUCCAGGGCAGAGGGACAUCAACAACGGUGACAGUUUUUUUGAUAUUUUAAUUGGCACAAAUAUCAUGGAAGAGAUUAAGAUGAUCGAGGAAAAAGUGGUGCAGUUUUAUGACCGGAUAAAUCAGAUCCAACUCCUACAGAUUUUCAAUGAUGGAGUCCAUUCGUCAAUGUCAAUGGAGAACAGAACCAUGGUAGAUGAAGAAAUUACAGUGGGCUUUGAUGAUGAGGCGUUGACUAUAAAAAGGCUACUUGUUGGAGCGAGGAAGCAGCUACAAAUGAUAUCAAUUGUUGGGAUGCCUGGACUCGGUAAGACUACUUUAGCCAGAAAACUGUACAAUGAUCCUUACAUCACACACUACUUUCAUAUUUGUGCAUGGACCUAUGCUUCUCAAUUACCCAGAAAAACAGAUAUGUUGUUGGACAUUUUACGUUCUCUUUAUGUCAAUGAAAUGGAAAACAUGACCAAUGAGAAGCUAGGCGAUAAGUUGUACAAGAAAUUAAAAGGCAAGAGAUAUCUCAUUGUCAUUGAUGAUAUAUGGGAUAUUGGUGCCUGGGUCGAUCUUAAAAUGUAUUUCCCCAAUGACAACAAUGGAAGUAGAGUUUUGUUCACUAGUCGCCUCAAAGAGUUGGCUAUGCAUGCCUCACCUGAUUGCCAUCCUCAUUGUCUGCGUUUUCUCACAGAAGAAGAGAGUUGGGAGUUAUUACAGCGAAAGGUGUUUCAAAAUGAAAGUUGCCCUCCAGAACUGAUUGAAAUUGGGAAGCAAAUAAUGAAAAAAUGUGAAGGGCUUCCACUUGCAAUUGUUGUAAUGGCAGGACUUCUUGCAAAGGACAACAAGGCACAAGUGUGGUGGAAACAAGUUGCCCAAAGUGUAAGCUCAUACAUUGUUAGUGAUCCAAAUCAGUACUUGGACACACUAGCACUGAGUUACAAUCACUUGCCUCGUCACUUGAAACCAUGCUUUCUCUAUUUAGGAGCAUUUCCAGUAGACCAACAAAUCUCGGUGCAGAAGUUAAUUUGUUUAUGGAUAGCUGAGGGGUUUAUACAAAAAAUUGGGCAGAGAAGCUUGGAGGAAGUAGCAGAGGAUUACUUAAUGGGUCUAAUUCAGAGAAGUCUGGUAAUUGUUGCUCAAAAAAGGUUUGAUGGUCGAAUUAAAGCAUGUCGUAUGCAUGAUUUGUUGCGUGAUUUAUGCUUCAAGAAAGUCAGGGAAAUUAAUUUCCUACAGUGUGCUCACAAUUAUGAAGACACUUCUUCUUCAAGUAAUUACGAAACAAAUAACCAACGCCGCAUGUGCAUCCGUUCUUACUUUGGACCAAGAUUUGAUUAUAUUCUCUUACAGUCUUAUUCCCCAACAGUUGUUCAAUCAUUAUUGUUCUUCAGCCAUGAGUUUAAUAAAAUAAUUGGUUUCGACAAUUCGUUUGGUGAUAUGUGCUCGUUUAUUUGUUUGACCUUCAAACUUCUUAGAGUGUUCAAAAGAUGCCAUAACAAUGCCUUCUGUCUUACAGAAUUAACACAACUUCUUAAUUUGAGGUAUUUGGCAAUUAAUUUGAAACAUUCAUGUGUAUUACUGCCAUCAAUAUCCAAUCUCUCAAACCUAGAAACAUUUUUUUUUUUUCUACACAACGGAGUCAGGUUAUUCUGCCAUGUAAUGUUUGGAAGAUUCCAAAGUUGAGGCAUCUUUAUGCUAAAGGAAGAGCAAACUAUGGUGUGUCUUUAUGUUCUGAAGACGCAAUAAUGGAUCACAACCAUCCCUCUAUAUUAGAAAACCUACGAACCAUCACAAGAUUAAACCGUUAUGGAUCUACUCAGGAUUUAUUGGCAAGAACUCCUUUUCUUACAAAGCUGGGAAUUUGUGGACAUCUGUGUUCAGAUUCGGGGAAUAUCAUGUUUCCUAAUCUAGAAUGUUUGAGACACCUUGAGGCUUUGAAGAUACAGAAUAAGUUCUCGUUCCCAUCCAAUUUCCGAGAGGUCAAGUUUCCUACAAAUGUUAAAAGGCUAACCUUGAUAUAUACACAUAUAGAGUGGGAGGAUAUAUCAAUCCUUGGGAUGAUGUUACCCAACCUUGAGCUUCUCAAAUUAGAAGGAGAUGCUGCCUGGGGACAGCAAUGGGCAACAACUGAUGGUGGGUUUCCUCGACUCAAAUUCUUGAAACUGAAGUUCCUCAAUGUUAAGCAAUGGAUCACCUGCUCUAGUCACUUUCCAAGCCUUCAACACAUUUCGUUGGAAGUUUGUCCAAAUCUCAAGGAAAUACCAUCUAGUUUGGGGGAUAUACUCACUCUGCAGCUAAUUGAGGUAACCUAUUGUCAUUUCUCUGUUGAGGAAUCUGUCAGGAAAAUUAAGGAAGAUCGAGAGAGCAUUGGAAAUAAUUGGUUGAAAGUGCUGAUUAGGAAUCUGUCAGGAAAAUUAAGGAAGAUCAAGAGAGCAUUGGAAAUAAUUGGUUGAAAGUGCUGAUUAGGAAAUAUCCAUGUGGCGCAUUUGAGUCAAAGUGUAAUGAUACAACUUCUAAAGGAUGAAGAUUGUCUUGCUAUGGCUUCCCUCCCUUGUUCUGAAUCAAACAGAAAUGGUGUUUUCAAAGGUGUUAUCAGAGAAAAUGUACCAAUUAGAGAUUGAGUGUUUGAUUAUGCUAGAAAUUGCUAGUUGAGUGUGUUUGUUAUGUAAUAUACCUAUUUGUGAGUGCUUGUCUGUAAUAUAACUACUUUUGUGAGGAAAUUGUUGGAGUAUUAUUUUGUCU